GUCGCCGUUGACCAAUUGUGCUACCAAAUUUGAAUAUACUGUCAACGGCGGUCAACGGUAACUUUCUGAAUUCGUUAUAGAAGAAGCGUGGAUUUCGUUUGCCGAAUCUGCUCUAUUUUGCCCCGUGGUUUUUCAAGAUUCGAAUAUGAAACCAACACGAAAUAAGACCCAACCACGAAAGACUCCCGCUAAAGUACAGUCAGCUUCAAGAGAUCCGGUGAAAGUGUUCUGCCGAAUAAGGCCACUUCAGAAUAAUGAAGAAACCUGUGUGAAAGUGAUAUCACAGACAGCAGUCUCGCUUCUGCCACCAGAGGCAGGAUCCAGCUACCGUGUAGCAAAUUAUAAAGAAAUCCAGCACACUUUCAAACGUGUAUUUGAUGAUAGAGCGACCCAGAAGGAAGUUUUUGAUCAUGUCGCAUUACCUCUGGUGGAGAAUCUGAUCCAUGGCAAAAAUGGCCUGCUAUUUACUUAUGGAGUUACGGGUAGUGGUAAAACUUUCACGAUGACUGGAGAUCCACAAAACGGAGGAAUAAUGCCUCGGUGUUUGGAUGUCAUUUUCAAUAGCAUAGCCAACUACCAAGCCAAGAAGUUCGUUUUUAAACCUGACAGAAUGAAUGGCUUCGAUAUCCAGACUGAUGCAGAUGCUAAGCUGGAUCGCGAGAAGGAAUUGCACUCAGUCAUUACAUUGAGAACACUGAAAAAGAAAGACUCUGAUACAGAUCUACCUCAGCGGGCACCAGACACCACAAAGAUUGGUAGUGUUGACGAGGAUAAUACGUAUGCUGUCUUUGUAACCUACGUUGAAGUUUAUAAUAAUGCUGUGUAUGACCUUCUAGAGGAUAUACCUGAGGACACAAUAAGAUCAAGGCACUUACAGGUGAAGAUCGUGAGAGAGGAUGCAAGUCACAAUAUGUAUGUCCAUUCUGUAACAGAAGUGGAAGUGAAAUCAACUGAAGAUGCUUUUGAAGCUUUCUACAAAGGACAAAAAAGAAAACGGAUGGCUAUCACUACACUGAAUUCUGAAUCCAGUCGAAGCCAUUCAGUUUUCACCAUCAGACUGGUUCAGGCACCUCUUGACAGCCAGGGUGAAAAUAUUCUGCAAGAUAAGAAAGCUAUCUGCAUUAGUCAGCUGUCUUUAGUGGAUCUAGCUGGCAGUGAAAGAACAAAUCGAACAAAGAACAGUGGGCAAAGACUUCGUGAAGCAGGGAAUAUCAACAAUUCCUUAAUGACCCUCAGAACAUGCUUGGAAAUUCUGCGAGAAAAUCAAAUGUACAGUGCAAACAAAAUGGUACCCUACAGAGAUUCAAAAGUGACCCACUUGUUCAAAAAUUACUUUGAUGGAGAAGGUCAAGUGAAGAUGAUUGUGUGUGUAAACCCUAGGGUUGAGGAUUAUGAUGAAACAGUUCAUGUACUGAAAUUUGCAGAAAUGACUCAAGAAAUUCAAAUGUCACAGCCUUUAGCCACAAAACUAGAUUUUGGAUUGACCCCAGGCAGGAGAAAGGCCAAUCAGAUCUUCAAACAGGCCUUGCGGAAGAUGGAGGAAAAUGGAAAUGGGAAUACUGAAAAUAUUGAAGUGGAUAUCGGCCUUGUUUACUGUUUGGGACCGCCGUUUCCUUGUUUGGAACUGACCGAGCCAAGCAAUGAUAAAUUAGUUAAUGACCUGGUAACAUUUCUCGAGUUACGCAUGAACAGGAAGAAUCUCUUGCUUAAAGACUGGCAGCAGAAACAUGAAUGUUUACGUAAUAAGUUAAUUGAAGUGGAGAAAGAGAACAUCAUAGCUAAACAGGAUGGUGCUUGUUCACGAGUGGGCCUUGAACAAGAGAGGAAGAAGACAGAUGCUCUGCAGGCAAGACUGAUGGACUCAGAAGCAACUGUGAUGAGUCUGCAGCAUCAGAUUCAGCAGAAGGAAGCAGAUCUUGUUGCAUUGAAACAAGAACUUGAAAAGAAAGAAAUGCUAUUACAUCAGCAGAUGCUAGAUAAGGAGAAGCUCAAGCAAAAAUACAGUGACAAGAUAGCGGUUGAAAAAGAGAGAAAUACAUUUGAGACACAUAAAAGAUUAAAAGAACAGGAAAUUGAGUUCAAGACACAAAUGAGAGAUCAGGAAACGAAAUUAAGAAAAGUAAAAGAAAUCUUGACAAAGGACGGUCACAGUGCUGUGCGGCCUACAAGAUCCGUGGCCACUUUAGAAACAAAGGACAUUCACACUCCUGUCCAGCCUACAAGAUCUGCAGCCACCCAAGAAAUAGGCAACAUUCAUUCACGUGUAUUGUCACAAAGUUCUAAAAGGGGUCCAGCAGUGAGUAACCCAAGGCACAGACGAUCUCAGUCAGCAGGGGGUGAAGUGUGGUUGGACCAUAGGCCAGCAAAUGCAGUUGAGCUUGGUACCAUCAUGCAGCCAAUUAUGAAACGACGCAAAUCAAUUGCCAAACUGACAGAUGCAAAAGAUGUUGUAAAUUCUAAGACAUCCAAAUAUUGUCUCAUGACCCAGGAGCAAGACUCAAGUGGUGAACUAGAAACCCGUCUUUACAAGGCUGAUGUGCUUCCAACUUCUGGGGGAGGUGCACAGGUUGUCUUCAAUGAUGUGGAAACACUGAAGCAGCGAUCUCCAAAUGCAACUCCAGUACGAAAGCGAAAUGCUUCUACUAGUGAACUGAAAGAUACAGAAGCUGCAUGUGCUGUGGCUGUUGAAGGGCACAAGAGGACUCGCCAUUAGAAGUGUCAUUAUUUUGAUGCACCUUGUUUGCAAGAAUGUGAAUAAGUUUAAUUUCUAUAAAAGUUUGUGAACUAUAGUUACACUACUCAAUCACACAUCUGACCAAUCAAAAUUUUAACUUCAUGAUUUAAAACCAUUGUAAUUGCAUCAAAUGAGGUACAAAAUUGUCUUGUAAGCAUUAUUUGAGACUAUUUGGUAUAACUGCUGACGUUUUUGUUGUAAACUAUAUGAUGAUGAUUAUUAUAUCAUUCUAAACCACUAUUACAGAAAAGUCUAUAUGCCCAUGCUGGUGGAAAGGUGUGAUAGUCAUACAUGCAUGAGCUCUAUAGCUAAUUCUAAGAUUAAUGGUUGGAAGUACACGUUUGGUGCAGGAAAUGUUCAAUUCCAAAAAGAAUCUUGACAAAACAAACGUGCAUUUUGUCACAUGAGUGAGUGACUAUAGACAGUGUUAGGAUAGGUAAUCAGAUUUAUUGAACUCUUAAACAUGCAGUUUGUGACAACACUAUAAAUCACUAUCACACAAAGACUAGUGUUCUCAGUCAUGAUUACACUGCACUGCUUUGUAGUGGCUUCCAACAGUGGACGUUCCUCUGCUCCGGGGCUCACAUUCUUGCAGGCUGGCAGCUAUCUGACAUCCACCUCUUCUAACUGCCAUCUAAAGACUUGCUCAUAAUGGCAGCUGGUCCUUGCUGUAUAGCCUUGGUAUGGACUGCACAGAAAACACCGCUUCCAACCACUCUUUUAUUGUUGCGUACAUGUGUCUUGCAGUAAUCAUGUGACAGCUACUAAAUCAUUUUGUAGCACUGCAUGUUUGCAGAGCUGUUCCUCUGGCUCCAUAGUUCUUGCUUUGAGCAAAUGUGCCACAAUAUAAAACCAAUAUUGCAUUACAAAACAACUAAAUUUUCAAUGGGGCCUCUGUUACUGCAGCAAGCUGUCAUAUGAUAUACUGGCUGUUUCCUAGUGAUGGAUGUGUUUAUGUAGUCAUUCCCUAGCAACAGUUGUCUCUUUGCUUACUUCACAAUCCUGGCUUUCAGCAUACAUGCCACCAUAUGUAUACAUGUGUGUGUGUGUGUGUGUGUGUGUGCGCGCGCGCGCGCGUGCAUGUGUGUGUGGUGAAACACUUAUUUUAACAGCUCUACCAUCCUCUCGUCAUAGGGUAUGUUACGUAAGGACUCUGACUGCAAGGGUUCAGUUGGAAAGAAAUAAUCUCAGGUCAUGAUCCUCAAGGGACUUGGCACCAAGAAGAACUGAUUGGUGGUAAACCACCAGUCAGAAAGUAACUUUGUCUUUUCAAAGACCUGUGUAUAGUGGAUGAAAUCUGGCUGCAUACAGUUCUGAAUUUUUAGACAGGUCGCUGCAAAGAAGAUUUGAUAGUUAGAAAACUACUUAAAAUAAGAGGAAACACGCACAUAUGCUGGUAAGUAUUGUUGAUUUAAAGAGCACUGUCUUCUAGAAUUGUGGUGCAGUAGUUCACUGACAAUUUGGAGAAACAUUCUACCCCAUCUUGAGGGUCAAAUAGGAAGCCAAGGAAGCAGAACUGAAGAUGGUGGUGUAUGUUCCCCCAAGAUGUUGGUGAGCUUAGACUCUGCAGGGUCAUGUCAUAGAAGAUAGACACCAGUGAUUCUCGGUGUACUAGCAACAUUUGUUUACUUUAUUUCCUUUGAUGUCUGUAGAAGCUUUCUGUAAAGUUUAACAUCAAAAUUAAUCUAAUGCUGUUUAUUGUACUACACAGUCCAUCAACAAUGCAACAAGUUGUUCCUUCUUU